AUGUAACCAACCAAUUUCAACAAUAUCGAAAUACACUCAUGUAAUGUAAUUUUCCGGGUUAAGGGGAGAGCAAAAUGGGCCUGGCAAAGUCCAACCCGAAAAGGGAGGGAAAAUGUUUCCCGCCAUUUUUGUGCUCUUAGUACUCCACUGUUAGUCAUACACCAUUACUGUGUUUUUUUUCUGGAGUAGAAAAAAGCAAUGGAAGCUGUACGAUCUCAGAGAAAAUCUUCGUUUUCCAAUGGCGGCGGCGGCGGAGUUUCAACUCUACCUAUCUAUCGCUCUGCUCCUCCUCUCGAAGUUCGUCUUGAAGAUUUCGAGCUUUACGCCGUCGAUCGCCUCCGAGUUCUAAAAAGAAUUUCGGAUGGUUUGUCUAGAGGAAAGAAGCCAGAUGAAAUGGAGAAAUUGGUGUUGGAUCUAUGGAAAACAAAUAUGAGGCAUGAACAUUCAUCUGAGGUUGUUAAUAAGGACAUAAUUUCACAUUUUGUCUUGCGACUUGUUUAUUGCAGGACGGAGGAGUUAAGAAAAUGGUUUCUUUCAAUGGAAACUACCUUAUUUCGUUACCGUUUCCGGGAUGAGUCUCCUGAAAUUCAGAGGGCGCUAAUGGCAGAGUUUGAUCUUCAAUACAAAGCUGUGAGCAAUGCUGAAUAUGAGAGUGUGAAGGACAAAUUGAAUCAAGUUGCACGCGCUAUAGGCCAGCCUAUUACAAGCACUGAUACUAUCUUCUACAAGAAUCUGCAUCGGAUUUGGUCUAUUUAUAUUGGAUGCUUUGGCUACAGCUAUGACCAAGAAAUAUGGAUUGACUGGGUUCCAUUCGAGGAGGUGCCAGAGCUUGUGGCUGGUCGACGAGUAUUAAUUCAGAAAGGGAAUGCAUAUAUUGCCAUGAAUCAGGUGGUUUCACUAGUUAUCACACAGUUCCGAAGUCUUCUUUCCAAAGCACUGGUGCUGACAAACAGAAAAUGGACUUCGAUGAUCAGAGAACAGGAGAAGGACCGUUUGACUCCUAUUGUUGAAGCCUUAUCCACAAGUUACCUGGGUCCUGAUUAUAGCCAGCCAAGAGAACAUGCAGAACUAUCACUAAAAGACAUUGAUCAGAUUGCUAAGAGUUCAUUCCCUCUGUGUAUGCGUCAUCUUUUCGAUAAGCUACGUGAGGAUCAUCAUCUGAAACACGGAGGGAGGAUGCAACUUGGACUAUUUCUCAAGGGUGUUGGAUUGAAGUUGGAUGAUGCCCUUGCAUUCUGGAGAGCUGAGUUCUCCCAGAAAGUUGGUGCUGAAAGAUUUGAUAAAGAAUAUGCAUACGGCAUAAGACACAACUAUGGGAAAGAAGGAAAGAGAACGGACUACACACCUUAUUCUUGUCAAAAGAUUAUAUCGGCUGCUCCUGGAGUUGGAGAUCACCAUGGCUGUCCAUAUCGUCAUUUCAGUGAGGAGAAUCUGAGAGCUGCUCUGACCAGGAUGGGAGUAGGCAAUCGAGCAAUGGAGGAUGUGAUGGACAAAGUCCGAAAUAGACAUUAUCAGUUGGCAUGCACUUUGACCUUUGAAGCUGUUCACAACUCAACUUGUGAUGCGGGGGUUAACCAUCCAAAUCAGUACUUCAAUGAUAGUCAGAAGAUCUUUGAAUCAAAGAAAAGUUCCAGCAACCCAAAAGGAGCAGCAGCGUCAACGUAGGGCAAUUUAGAUGUGUUGCCUCCCUUAUUGGAAGAUCUGGUUCGACUCCAAAGAGACCAUGCAGGACUAACUAUAAAGAAGAGCUUCGAUGCAAUCCGAUCGUCAAGCAUUAGUGUAUUUUCUCAACUGUAAUAGUAGCUUCAGAAUUUCAAACUUUUUAAGAGCCUUAUAGUGCAGAUUUUUAGUGUAUAAACAGAGACUUUUUAAGAGCUAAAAGCACAGCUUUUAAGAGCUUUAGAGUGCAGAUUUUUAGCUAAUACACCUCUACAUAUGUUUUUUAAGGUUAAAUAUCUUUAUACUUCUUACAUAUGUUUACUUAACAUUUCAA